UCUAUUACAUUAUAUAUGCUCUAUUGCUGUGCUGUUACGCCUCCUGCAGGUCUGAGGGCCGGCAGGGGCUGCGUGCCACCUGGCGGGCAGCGCCGGCUCCUGCCUGGCCGUGAGGCGCCGCCCGCCACCACGCCCCUCACGCGGCGCAGCGGCCGCCCCCUGCCCGGCCGGGCGGGGCCAGCGCUUGGCCGAGCCCAUUUGGCGGAGAGGGUGGGGGGGGGCAGGCACCCUCCGCCGCGUUGCGCGGGCUGCGCGCCGGGGCGCUCCCCGCUGUUGUUCCCCCUCCUCCCGGCUUGGCGUCGCCCUGGGCGAGGAGGAGGAAGCGCGAACUUUUCCGAGCAAGUAGUUGAAAGCUUUCCGUCUGAUAUCUCUACUGGUAUAUACUAUGGAUGGGCCUGUGUUGGAAAUGGAGAUGUGCAUAAAAUGGUUUUGAGCAUAGGAUGGAAUCCUUUCUAUAAGAAUACUAAGAAAUCUGUGGAAACACACAUUAUCCACACCUUCAAAGAAGACUUCUAUGGAGAAAUUCUCAGCAUAGCCAUAAUUGGGUAUAUUCGACCAGAAAAAAACUUUGAUUCCUUAGAGGCACUCAUUUCAGCAAUUCAGGAAGACAUUGAAGAGGCAAAAAGGCAGCUAGAUUUACCGGAACAUCGUAAAGUGAAAGAAGACAACUUCUUUCAUCCGCCAGGAGGCAAAAUAGUAAACGACCACUGAGCAAACCGAUGAGCUUUUUACCUGCUUUUUUUUUUCCUCUCUUGUUCCUAUUGUGGAGCUCUUAUAUUUGCACUGCUUUCAUAGGUACUUUGUCAUGUCUGUCUAGGCAAUGAGAGGCAAUGAGAUAGGAAUCAACCAUAUAAGGGGAUUUAAGUUUGCACAAGUGAAUUGAUCAAACCCAAUCGUUCAGAAGGAGUAGAAAGUGGUUCUAGUUCUUUUUGGAUAAAUUGUGUAUCUAAAAAUUAGCAAUUGUUUAGAGUCAGUAGCGCACAUAGAAUGUGACUAAAGUGAACUGUGACCUCUUCAGCAUGAAGGGGUGUAGAGUUCACUUAAGUGAAGAGCGUCAGUUUUUAACAUACAGAUGUUAUUCCAACCCCUUUUUCCCAAUUUUCCAUAAUUUUUACAUAUCAAUUGUAGCUAGCAGCUUAGGAAGUUUUGUUAUUGAUUGAAAAAUUUCCUGUGGUGCAGGAAGCCAAUGAUUAGAUAACCAUAACAAGAAUAACUCUCUGUGGUUCUUAUUUUUGAUGUGCUUUACAGCUGUUGUGGUUUAAACUGUCAUUUCAAUUGAAAUUAUUUAUUUUAACUUUAUUUGAAAUAGAUGUAAUCACUGCUGCUCAUUGAUUUACUGGAAUCUGAGAUAUGUACAGCCAGCUGUACAGAAAUAUAUGAGAAUGUAUGUAAUGUACAUUACCUCUGGUAGUUUCCUUCAGAGGUAAUGUUCCACUGAAAUUCAGGAAAUGAAUGAUAAAAUGAAUGUCAAUGUACUGUAAAGGCUGAGGUUCUAAGGAUGUGGAAAUACUAUAACAAGACUUCUGCUCUUUGGGCUCUAAGGCAGAAGAGGCAACUUUGCAUUUGUAUCUGCUGCUGACAUUUACCCUAGAUGAAGAGGAUCUUGAGGUUAUUCUCAUAUUGACAAUAAAAUGACUGACUUCAAGGUUAGUUUAAGGUACAGAAAAACGCCGUAAGCCCUCCACACCAAGCAUACGUAAGAUCCAAAGUUUUGGUUAACCGAGCAGAUCAAUAUCCAGAUGACAGCCCUUGGGGAUUCACGUAAUAAAACAUCAACACUGUAGUAGGUAUAGCGUAUUUAUUGCAAGUAAGUGCACCCUUCGCUACUCUGAAAUGUAUGCACAUAUAAGUAGAGGUGAUAUUGUCAAAAUCAAUAGUAAUUUGGGAUAAUACUAAGAAUGUAUCGUGUGUGAAUCUAAACCUGUUUUUUUUUUGUUCUCUGUUAGAUUUUUCUAUCCUCUGCUCAGCAUGGGGAGCUAGGUAAGCUGCUCUGACUGUCAUCUUCAUAUUCUGAUACUGGCUUGUGCUGUGGCCAAAAUAUUUUCUGAAAUUGAAAAUAGUUCUGUCAAUAUGUAACCUGUAGUUCUGUGUCAGAAUUGUUCCAUACAAAUUGGGAAUGCACAGAACUGUCCCAUACAAUUUGGGAAUGCACAAUUUGUGUAGUAUAGCUUUCUGAAUUUACUUGUUCUCAUAACCCAUCUGGGUCCUACAUUUCAGUCUAGGGUUUAAGAGGGCUUUAAGAAGGUAGCUUUCUGAGUCUUCUUCGUGGCAGGUGCUGUAAGGAUGCUGGUUCCGCUUCAUACUGUCUUAACUUUGAGCCAGCACCAGGGGAUAUUGCUAAGGAAGAGGUCUUGAGUGAGUCAGGGUGACUUGUUUGCUGUGAAGAGCUUGAACAGAAACUUGAGAUGAUUCACAUGAGUUGUUCAUCAGUGAUGUUGAUAGCAGAGACAGAAGGAAUACAGAACUGGGGCGCUCAUUUCUGCACGAGCACUUGUUAGCAUAGACAUUUUGAUCUGCAUAGCCAAGGUGGUUAUACAUUUCUCUAUUGAGAUGCUGACAGUUCUUUCCUACCUUUUACCUGGAUAUUUUAAGCAUGCUUCUGCCUCUUAAAAGGAGAAUAUUAGGAAGAAAAUUCACUUAUCGGCAGUUAGAAAAUAUUUUCUUUAAAAGAAGAACAAAACAACCUAGUGGACUUCUUACGUGUAACUUGUUAGGAACUGUAUGUAAAAAUCUGUAAAAGGAUUGUCUUGCAAAAGUGAAAGUUGAUUAUUUUUAUUAUUUUAAAAUGGAGGGAUGAAGGGAAUUUUUUUUUAGGCAAAGGCUGUAGGAAUUCUUGAGACUGUAACAUUUUGGCAUUGUUACCUUUCUCUGUUUUUAGGAAGAAUAAGUAGCAGACACAGAAGUCUACUAAAUGUGUUGCCAAAUAUAUAUUUAAAGAAUAAAUUUAUGUUUGUCAUGGUACUGUAGCUCAACUCUCAUAGCUCCCCCGUCUGUUCUUCCUGCUCCCCUUUCCUCUGCACACCUGCAUGGGUUUGCAGAGCUGAAUUCUGUUUUUUCCCCAGUACUUCUGUGUGUCUGUUGUGGAAACCAUAGUGCCUUAAGCUGGUUGUCCAAGUAAUACUUUUCUGUAUCUGCUAGUAAAUGCUACUAUCCAAAAUUCAAUUCUCUGGUUGUAGAACCACUGGACUAUAGACAGAGAACAGUGGCAAAGGCAAAACUUGAAAAAAAACUUUGUUUGCUCUUGACUCCUAUGUGAAGUAUGGCGUAUGGAUACAAUGAGCUAAUGAACUGCUCUUUGUAUGCUUGUCUUCAAAUUAGAGAAAAUGUUAUUAGGUUCAUUUGGCUGAGUGUACCUGUCUGUUCACAUUAUUUAAGAUAAAACAUUGUAUAUCGACUAUUUAAGCUCAGUACAUAAUUCCUAGCACAGUACAGACUUUAUGAAGGGUUAUAUUUUUGUAUUAUAUACGAACUGUAUUUACGUCAGUUGAUGUUGCUGCGUUGUACCAUUAAUAAAGGUAUUGUAAUUGUCAAAGUUAAAAUCCUUGUCAUAGGCUUCCUGAUUGAUUGUAUCUGAUGCAAAUAAAUCAUCUUAGUAUAUUCCUUAGAAUAUUAUGAAGGAGAUACUUUAGAUGUAUGUCAUUACUCUGCUUAAACUUCUUUCAGUGUCAGCAGAGAGCUGUUCUUGCUUACAAGCUCAGUGCUUCAGUAUUUGUGUUCAGUUACUUGUGGUUCUUCUGUAAGGCACUCCAAAUAGUGAAUGAAGCACAGAGGGGUUUCAUGUCUCAAUUUGGUUGAACUAGAGGGCCACUGAAAUUGUUGGAGUUUGAACAGUACCAGUUUUUUCAGUUUCAGAUACUUUCUCAAGUAAAACCUAAGUGUAUUUCAUACUCUUACCCACCUUCCUCUGAAGUCUGUUGCUGUUCUGAAAUGAAGAUUGUUGGCAAUAUGAUAAUGUCUGUACAAUAAACUCUUUCCAAACUGCA